AUGGAUGAUAAAAAAGAAAAUCUUAAGGAAAAUAUAUCCGAAGAAAUAGUAAAUAUAAAUAAUAAUAUAGUUGUAGAAAGCGAAAGCAAUAAACUUACAAGCGUUUUAAAUAAUAAUAGUAAUAAUAAUAUAUCUGAUGAAUUACAAAAUGAAAUUAACAAGAUGAUAAAGAGAAAUGUCACAUAUAUAAAUAUCAAAGAAAAUGAUAAGAAUUAUUUAAAGACCAAGAAAAUUAAUAUAACCAAAGAUAAUAUAAAAAAUAAACCUAUAAGAAGAACAUACAAUAAAUUUAAAAAAGUAACAACAAAAAAAAAUAAGAAACUUAAACAAUUAACAAAAGCAGGUAGAGAUUUAGAAAAUAAAAUGUUAGAAGAAAUAAGUGAAAGAAGAAAAAAGAAUAAAAUACAAAAAGAAAAAAAGAAAGCUCAAAAAUUAGAAGGAGAACUAAAGGUUGGAAAUAUGACUGUUAUUAAAGAUAUUUCUAAAUUAAGAAAAUGUGAUAAAAAAACCAAAAAUAAAAUAUAUAAAUUGUCUUCAGAAGUUAUAAAUAAAAUUAUGAAGAAAAAGUAA